AUGAACAGCCGCGGGGACGGCGGUAGGGAGAGUGAGGAGGAAGAGAAGCGUCAGGAGAGCGAAAGGGCAGAGAUGACAUCCCCAGUGGAAAUCUACCGCGCGGCGUGUGCGGCCCUUGAGGUGCCCCCGAAUAGCGGGCUGCUACGCAUCAUGCCUGCGAGCACGGUGCACUUGAGCGGCGUCAGAGUCAUGCACUUGGGGCGAAACUUUCUCGGGGAUCGCGGCGUUGUGCCGCUGCUCUCUGUGCUCGCGCACGCCUCCUCCCUCCAUACGCUUAACCUGCGAGACAACGGGGUCGGCAACGACGGUGUGAGGGCGCUCUGCCGCGGACUGCGUCGGCUGCCGGCGCUGAAGGUGCUGGAGUUGAGUGGAAACCCCUUCACGUUCCUGGCGGCGCGGAGGCUCGUGCACCUCUGCGAGGAGAGCGCCACCCUCACGGUGGUGGGGGUGGAAGGCACACUCAUGACGGAGACACUCAAGGCGAGCAUCCUUCGUCGCAUCCACGAGGCUGUACAGCGGCGGGAGAAGCGCAAGCAGCUUCCUCCAGGGCCGCUUGCCGGGGAACGUCGCAGCGUAAGGGCUGUUGCGGCGGCGGGCAAGGCAGUAGAAGCAGCAGCAGCGGCGGCGGCGGCGGGUACAACGCAGCCUUCGCUGCUCCUGGCGGAGGAUGCGGCUGCGCCGCGGAGUCCGUCGCCACGCGAUGCCGGACCUCUGAACUCCGUACACUCACCCGUCCUACAAAACCCCGGGAGUGCCGCGACGAGCAGCGAAGGCAAACGCGAAACUCCGAAUGCCCCUGCAGGCCAAACCGGAGGCGAGGCAAUUGCGUCGGCGCUCCCACCGUUGGCGCCGCCGCCACCAGGCGACCUCGACGAUCAACCACCCGCGUGGCUUGAUGAGGAAGAUGGCGCCAACAACGACGAGGCAGGGGAAGAAGUUCCUGCCGCUGCGAAAGGCAAUGCAGCAGAUGGAACUGCGCUCCUCGAGGAGGCGGCUGGGCUGAAAGCGCCGCCACGCGAGGGGGUGUUGAGCGCAGCGGAGGAAGUGCCUCCGUGGCAGGCCUCCAAAGUCGAUGCCACGUUGACGGCGGUCGUUUCCAUUCACACACCCGUCCACUCCUUUCGAAGGAUGGAAAAGCCGGCCGCGAGCGCCUCCGCCACUGGCUACACUUCUUCGUUCUCGCUAGAGGUGCGUGCAGCGGAGGCGGAGGGGAAGUUGCUGGAAUUCGCAUCGACAACAGCAAAGGAGGAUGACUUUCUGGAUCUCCUCUUUGGGAGUGAGGGAGGGAGUGGGGGCGGCUUCGCCUAA